UUAAGCAAGGAAAAUACAUAAUCAUUGUUUUAGUUGCAAGAAUCUUAGAUGGUUGUUUUAGGCAUAAUCGUGGUGAACCAAAGUGGUUAAUUAACUGUAAUUGGAUAUAUACUAGGAAUUUGGUGACCGAACUAACCGAAAAAUUAAAGGAACGAGAGUCAUAUGGUUCCAUUUUCAUUUCACUUUUUUCCCAACGUAUCUAAUUCCAAGUGAGCCAAUUUUCUGAAAAAUUGAAAAUAUAUAUAGAUUCAAAUUAUUUACUCUGCAUAUACUAAAUUGAUAAAAGAUUAUCAAUUCGUUUUAUGCAUGUCUAUAGACAUGGGAGAGAUGAAGCCUUGCGUCAUAAUUGACAUUCCAGAGGAGUUGGAACCUGACUUGAAAGAAACUUGUCGGAUCCAGAGGGUUCCAAGGAAGCUUCGACAGGUAAACGAAGCAGCUUACACUCCCAAACUGAUAUCCAUAGGCCCUUUUCACCAUGGAAAACCAACACUCAAUGUCAUGGAAGACCACAAAACCAAAUAUUAUCACAAAUUCUGGGAAAGGGACUUCUGUAAACAUAUUAGGGAGAAGGAUAUUAUCAGAGAUUUCACCGGAGAAGUAACCAAUCGCCGACAACGCAUCCGGAAUAUCUAUGCGGGGACCUUUGAUCAUGUGAAGGACAUGAAGCACUUCUUGGAGGUAAUUUUGCGAGACUCCUGCUUCAUCUUCGAGCUCUUCUUGAGAAACUUCGAAAAUCGGCUUCACGAUAAGAAGCCAGAGGAUAUAACGGACUAUAUAUUGAGAACACCAUGGCUGAUCAAAUGUAUAGAGCUGGACUUGAUAAUGCUGGAAAAUCAGCUACCAUAUUUUGUUUUCACUGAACUAUUCGACUUCAUCCUCGAAAACCAGCCGGAGAAUUUGAAUAACAUCCCUUCUUAUCUAUCCAAAAACCAAAGUGAAAGUGAACGCCACCAUUUCAUUAUGAAGAUGACCUGCGAAUUCUUCAGAGAGUAUUACAAGAUGCAUGGAAAAGCAUCCAAAUCUGAAGGCUUCAUUGCUGAUUCGUUGGAACCCGGCGUAAUACAACGCUUCAAGGACAUCAAACAUUUCACUGAUUUGGUCAGGCAGUUCAUGCAUUCAAAUCAUGAUGGUGCUAGUUCUGAAAAUGCCAACUGUCGCUAUAGUUCAAUAGAACCCAACUGUCGCUAUAGUGCAAUAGAACUAGACAGAGCAGGGGUGGCCUUUGUGCCAUGUAGUAACAAGUUCUUAACUGACAUAAGUUUUAAUAAAAAGGGUAACAUGUUGGAGGUACGUCCAUUUAAGGUGACAGACAUCACAGGGUGCCUUAUAAGGAACGUCAUGGCGUUGGAGCAGUGUCUUUAUCCUUUUGAGGCUCAUAUUUGCAAUUAUAUUCACCUGCUUGAUCAACUUAUCAACACCGAUGAAGAUGUGAAAUUGCUGGUUGAGAAGAAAGUUGUUGAUAACUGGCUAGGCAGCAAUGAUGCAGUCGCCCACUUGAUUAACACGCUUGGCGACGAAAUUGUGUUUUCAAGUCACUACUAUCGUGAUAUCCGCAUACAACUAAACAAGGUUCACGGAAAUUUUUGGAAUGUUACCAAGGCAACACUGAAGAGGGUUUACUUCAAGGAUAUUUGGACUGGCAGUUCUACUAUCGUUGCUGCUGUUGUUGUUACAUUCUCAAUUUUCUCAGUCGCUUCCAACAUCAAGGAUUUGUUCUUCUAA